AUGGGGUUUCGGUUCACCGACCUUUUGGGAUUUGUGACAUCCGACGCGAAAAUAUGGGCACAGCACAGCGUAGCCUACGUUGCGUACUCACCUAUGAGCGCAAUUACCUUCGUGAGCGACGGCGCGCGUUUAGCAGCCGACUAUCAAAUCAAGUAUGGACUUCCUUUACAGAGAACCCACGAGUUACUCCCAUUAGCAUAUCACCUACAACUAGGGUUAACAAUCAUUGAAGCUCACAAUGGAACACCAAGAGCGGACCUGUCGAUAGAAAUAGGGCGCGCUCGGAACGUCGCGCUGCGAGGCGACGGUGGUGAAAUGCGCGGUGGGCGGCGCCGGGCACGCCGCUCCGCCCAGCCCUUUCACCAGCCGCCCGCCAGCGGCGCCCCGCCUCGCCGUCCUUCCUACCCUCAACCAUUAUCCAAGCUGCUCAACAUUUCGCAAGAACUGUUUCCAGAAUAG